AUGCCCCAUCAAUACGGAUUACCGGGAAUAGCCCAUGCUCAAUCACCCCCUACGCCGCCCCCACAGCAUGGGGCUAUGUAUUCACGGUUUUCCGGGGCAGUGGUACCAGGUGGUUACAGGGGAGAGGACCGUCGGCUCACAAGGGAGGCUAUGGAGAGGUACCUAAGGGAGAGAUCUGACAUGGUUAUAGUUAUAUUACAUGCUAAGGUUGCCCAGAAAUCGUACGGGAACGAAAAGAGAUUUUUCUGCCCUCCUCCAUGUAUUUAUUUGUUUGGGGAAGGCUGGAGACUGAGACAGGAACAGAUGCUUCGUGAAGGGGAGUCCGAACAGGCUUCACAGUUGUGUGCUUUUAUUGGAAUUGUUCUAGGAAAUUCCGAUCAAGACAUGCAACAACUGGACCUCAACAACGGCAAGCAAUAUUGUGCCGCGAAAACUUUGUACAUUUCCGAUUCGGAUAAACGUAAACACUUCAUGUUAUCGGUGAAAAUGUUCUACGGUUCGGGACACGACAUAGGCGUAUUUCAUAGUAAACGAAUUAAAGUGAUAUCAAAACCGUCGAAAAAGAAACAGAGUUUGAAAAACGCCGAUCUGUGUAUAGCUAGUGGUACGAAAGUGGCUUUAUUUAAUAGGUUAAGAUCGCAGACUGUUUCAACUAGGUACUUGCAUGUCGAAAACGGACAUUUCCAUGCCAGUUCGACGCAAUGGGGGGCCUUUACGAUACAUUUAUUGGACGAUAAUGAAUCGGAAAGUGAGGAAUUUCAAGUCAGGGAUGGGUAUAUUCAUUAUGGGGCGACGGUCAAGUUGGUGUGUUCUGUUACCGGUAUGGCCUUACCAAGGCUUAUAAUUAGGAAGGUGGACAAACAACAAGCCUUAUUAGAAGCCGACGAUCCCGUAUCCCAACUUCACAAAUGCGCCUUUUACAUGAAAGACACCGAACGAAUGUACCUAUGCCUCUCCCAAGAACGUAUCAUCCAAUUCCAAGCCACCCCUUGUCCCAAAGAACCCAACAAAGAAAUGAUCAACGACGGAGCAUGCUGGACCAUCAUAUCGACCGACAAGGCUGAAUACCAAUUUUACGAAGGUAUGGGACCAGUUAGAUCUCCCGUUACCCCGGUGCCUAUAGUACAUAGUUUGCAUUUGAACGGCGGUGGCGACGUGGCAAUGUUGGAGCUUACCGGUGAUAAUUUUUCUCCUUCCCUGCAAGUUUGGUUUGGUGAUGUUGAAGCUGAAACUAUGUAUAGAUGCCAGGAAAGCAUGCUUUGUGUAGUACCUGAUAUAUCGCAGUUUCGCGGCGAAUGGCUAUGGGUACGUCAACCCACUCAAGUACCCGUUUCAUUAGUCAGAAACGAUGGUAUUAUCUACGCAACGGGUCUCACUUUCACGUACACCCCCGAACCCGGUCCAAGGCCUCAUUGCGAACCGGCAGACGAGAUCAUGAGACACGGCCCAGGACAUGUGCAGGGACAGAGGAACGUUGCUGUGGGACAAACCCAGUCCCAACCCGCCAUCACGGAAACAGCCUGGAAUUCGCAUGGGAUGCAUUAG